AUGACAGAGAAACGUGUUGAAGACGAACGGGUGGAUCCAGGCGAAAUUUCCAAAGGUUCGGCAUCGCAGGUUUGUGUGCCAAAAUGUACAAAAGUGAUUUUCAAUGUUGGCGGGACAAAAUUUCAAACUCUUCGCAAGACGCUCAAUGAAUGCGGGCGCACAAAGUUAUCGGAUGAACUGUUUCUUAACGCUCGUUAUGAUGAGGACGCAUGUGAGUUUUUCUUUGAUAAGGACCCAGAGAUGUUUCGAUCCGUGUUGAACUACGUGAGAUCGGGCCAGCUCCAUCUUCCCGCUACCCUCUGUGGCCCCUUGAUUAAAGAUGAAAUGGAGUUUUGGGGUUUGAGCGAGAUUGACAUCGAGCCUUGUUGCUGGGCUGUGUACAACAACUGGACAUCAACGGUCAACGCUUUGGAACAGUUGGAGAAUGACCGGAAACAGAACGUACAGCAUGACCUUGACGAAUCAGCGUCAUGGUAUACAAAGGUCAAGGCCAAGACAUGGAUCUUUCUCACAAGUCACAAUUCUUCUAUUCCGGCGCAGAUCUAUGGCUGGGUGUCUCUCCUCUUCGUCAUGAUCGCCAUCUUUUCUUUCUGCGCUGCCACACAUCCAAUCUUCAAAGUUCCGUCCUUGCCCAAAGGUGCUAAGAGCACUUCCGGAAAUGCAUCAGAAGCAGAGAGUACAGAUUUACAAAGGAUCGAAGAGGAAACCGAACGACAUCCUGUUCUUUUCUACAUCGACAUCGUGUGUAUAACAUUCUUCACAGCCGAAUAUACGUUGCGUUUCAUCUGCGCUCCGAAAAAGUUGAAGUUUCUACUGUCUCCGCUCUCCAUCAUUGACCUCUUGGCCAUACUCCCAGAUUAUAUCGAGUUCGUUGUAUAUGCAGCCAGUCCGGACUCCGUUGGAGAAACGACAUUUAUACACGUCAUGCCUCUCCUACGUCUUAUGCGUGCGUUCCGAAUCUUUCGACUGAUUCGACACGUUCCUGGCUUGUGGAUAAUGUUUUACACGCUGAAGGCGAGUUUCAAGGACUUGUCGCUAAUGCUUGUCUUCCUACUGGUCGGAAUGCUGCUGUUUUCAUCCCUAAUUUACUUCGCGGAAGAUAAAGAGGUUUUCACCAGCAUCCCGCACGGAUUUUGGUGGUCGGUUGUUACCAUGACGACAGUAGGAUAUGGGGAUAUGUACCCAUCGAGUACCUUGGGGUAUUUUGUUGGGUCGCUGACGGCAGUUUGUGGUGUUCUGCCAAUUGGGUUUACGAUUCCUGCUCUUGUUACCAAUUUUGCUCUAUAUUACCAACAUGCCCAGUUUGCCAUUCAAAAAGAAAGACUUUUGAAAGAACAGAGGACGAACGAUAAGGAGACGAUGGGCAAGUUGUUUCGUAAGCGGAAGUGUUCGGAUGUCAUGGGUGAUGGCGAGAAAACUCAAAAGCCAACUAAUCAGUUGGAAUCCUAUGUCACUUUAAGACUCUUGUGGGGAUUGACUGUGAAGCAGCCAUCAGAGAAGGUUGUGAGUCAAAAGGCGUACGACUUCAGCGUUACUUUUCCAGCGAAAUGA